AUGGCCAAACGCUGUAACCGUCCUUGUCUUAUUCGCUGCGAACCCACAAAGAAAAUCAAGCAAUUACGUGAGCAAGUAUUACAACGUGAUCAACGACAACGAAGACCCAGGCGGUUGUUGCAGAACAAGAACUGGGUAGCACUACAAGAAGAUCAUCAUCAACAUCAACAACCAGCUGUUUCCAUGGCUACGCCGUUGUCUGUGCCCACCUCUUUGCCCAUGCCACCACCAUCUUUAACUCCAGCUGAGGCCACCCAUGAUACCGUUGCCAUGCCCACCACACCAGAACAGCACCAACAUGUAGAUGAGGUUGACUAUUUCGAUCAAUUACAAUCCCCUGAUUUGGAUGUUUAUUCGACACCGAGUCAAGCACCACCACCGCGACUCGGCUAG